AUGAAGUGUAUCCGUGGUCGUAGUGAUCGAAACGUAUGGCUGGCAGGGUUAUCUUUGCCGUUCAUGGUCAAUGGUGAGUUAGGGGACAUAGUGAAUAUUUUGGAGCCACUUUGCGCUAGUUUGGAACCCGGCAUUAAGGCUCGUUUGGGCGAAGGGUUGAUUCUACUGCAUGAUUUGCCCGACAAGACAGUUGGCUGGAUGGACCAAUCGGGUGCUCUGUUGAGCCUGUCCGCUGAGGAGCUUCUUGAAGCUAUUGUUUCAAACGACGCGCUGGGGACAAGAUUUUGCGAGCUCAUAGCCGAUUGCCUGUUCGCUAUCGAGGGACUUAUUGAAAGAAAUCCGGAAUCAUGUGGUAUUAACCAGGAAUUACGACUACGGUUACGGCACUGGACACAGCUGGCCACAAACGAUUUUGGUUGGUAUGAUCGACAUUUAUCCCAUGCGACACAGUACGAGGAUCUCCACUUCUUUCUCGACGGCGCGUACCUCAUUUCAACCACGGUUGCAAAUAAACUGAGCAAGUUUGUAAUUCCUGUGGUCUUCGCCAAAAAUGUCUCUCUUGAAGAGAAUACAUCCCAAAAAGUGGCCGCUCUGAUGCAAAAAUCAUGGAGGGCUGUCGAACAAUCACUACAACAACUGCCAGCACACGCGUGUGCUGUUGUGUAUCUCGAAACGGAUGAUGACGGACUAGUGAAGUGCACCGCAGAUCCUGACGUCCCCAUUGAACUGUGGAGAGCCCGCUAA